AAAAACAUAUUUUGCCAAAUUAAUGAUGUAUAUUCUCAAAAGAAAUGACAAUCAUUCUAAUCGUGUACAAACAAUUCAAUUUGAAUUGCGAGAAAAUAUCGACACAGAUAUUGAUUUUCAAUUGUCGAAAAAAAAUAUUUCCUUAGCAUGGCGUAAUCUUUGUUAUGAAGUUAAUGGCCCAUUUGGUAGUGGUGAACGAAAAACUAUUUUAAAACGUUUGAACGGUUAUGUUAAUUAUAAUAGUAUGAAUGCAUUUCUUGGUCCAAGUGGUGCUGGUAAAACGACUAUGCUUAGCUGCUUGAAUGGUACGAAUUCGAAUGGUAUGACAAUAGAAUCCGAAAUUUAUCUAAAUCAAAAUGAACAUGAUAAUGUGCCUAAUAUAAGAUACGUUGAGCAACAUAUACAUGAAAAUAUUAUCGGUAAAAUGAGUGUUGGCAAUAUUUUGCAUUAUGCAUUUCGUUUCAAAAAUGAUUCUGUACAUUGGGACCAAAUGGAUCAACACAUACGGUCGGUAUUAAGUGAACUUUUACUCGAUGAAACUAUACUGGAUAAUCAUUUUGAAAAAUGUUCCGGUGGUGAACAACGACGAAUAGCUAUCGCUCAGGAAAUGAUGUCGUUGGAGAAGCCAACGUUUUUGUUUGUUGAUGAACCAACAACCGGACUCGAUAGUAAUGCCGCUGUGUUGGUAAUGGAAUGUUUAAGAAAAUUGGCUGAUAAUAACCGUUUGACCAUUCUGGUAUCGAUACAUACGCCUAGCUCAGAUAUCAUGAAUUUAUUCAACAAAGUGUUUGUUCUUGCCAAAGGCGGUGUCUGUAUCUAUUCAGGCCCUCCAGAAAAUUUACGUAAUAGUCUUAAACAAAAGAUUAAUAUUGAAUUCGAUACCGAAAAACCUCCAAUUGAGGAAUAUUUAGAAAUUGCUUGCAAAGGCAUCCAAAACCAUCUUGUUCGUCAAUUAGCCGAUUCAACUCUACUUGAAGAAAAUGAAAAAUUAAAUUCAUGCGUUGAUGAUUUAAAAUUUCAACCGAAUGGAAUUCGACAACGACGAAAGCAAUUUCGAUUUAUCGAUCUAUCUUUGCAAUUAUAUCGAAUGUUCAUGAUAUCAUUUGUUGCUGAAUAUAGAAAUUUUCUGAUGCAAUUUCCAUUCUUUUUCCUUCUGAUCAGCAUCAUUGCAUGUUUUUUUGAUGAAAAAAUAACACAAGCCGAUGUUUGUUAUUCAAUUGAUCAUGAUGAUAAUGAAUUCAAUAUUACAUGUCGUGAAAGAUUGUAUGCAGAAUCAUUGACUGAUGAAUAUCGUAUGAAUCAAUGGAUAUAUUUAAUAUUGGUAUCAUUAAGCAUAAUGUGCAUGAGCACAUUAUUUUUAAAUCCAAUAUUGAAAGUAUUUCGCAAUGAACAUCGUAAUCAAUGGUAUAGUCUUGGAACAUUUUACUUGUCAUUAACAAUUGUUCGAUUCAUUGAAUUGACAAUAAUAGCCAGUUUUAUUAGUUUGGUCGCAUAUUUUGCUAUUGAUCAUCUUUAUAUUGAUCAUUAUCAAAUGAAUUGGAAUCGUUUUGCAAAUUUUUUCUAUUUUAUCUGGCUGAAUAAUUGUUUCCAUCAAAGUUUCGGUUAUUUAAUUUGUUUGAUAUUUUUAAACAAAAUUGAAGUGGCUGUUAUAACAUCAUAUUUAUUCGUAAUUUCUGAACAAUUUUUUACCGGAUAUAUGUUCAAUCCAUAUAAAAUGAAAAGUAUGCCAUCAUCAUUUCUACGUUUAUCGGAAUUAUUAUCAUUUAAAACAAGUCCAAAUGGGUUGAUGUAUACAAUAUAUGCAUUGGAUCGAUGUGAAGAGGAAACGAAAAUAUCUUUUGCACUUGAAAAUUUUGGUGUCAACGUUAAAACAGUAUUUCAGGAUUCAUAUAUUCUAAUGAUAAACAUUACUUUAGUACGAUUGUUAUCAUUCAUCAUCAUGGUUUUUUAUUUCAGUGGAAUUAUGAAAUCAAAAAAUUUCAAGAGAUCAACGAAAUUUGAAUCAAUUAAAACAAUUGAUUAUGGAGAAUUGUCUGGCCUUGAAGGGAAUACGGAAAAUCUAGACCACACUGUUCGAAUCAAAAAAGAAGAUGAACUCGAAUUUGAAGAUUUUUCUCGACACAAAAUUAUUGUGGCUUGGCGUUCACUGACACUAUUCGGCACUAAAUCAAUUUAUGAGACACGAUCGAUUGAAAAUGAAGGGUCUAAUUCAAAAAUAAUUCUUAGAAAUUUGAAUGGUCAGUUUCGUUUUGGUACUCUGAAUGCAUUGAUGGGGCCAUCUGGUGCAGGAAAAACUUCGCUUUUGAAUGUUCUCAAUGGUCGAUCCAAAACUCGUCUAAGCGACACUACCGAAUUUCACCUCAGCAAAUUUACUCCUUUACGUAUUUGUUACCUCACUCAAGAAGUUUCAGGUCAUUUGUUGCCCGGUUUAACAGCUAAACAAAGCCUGAUCUAUGCUUCAAUGUUAAAAAAUGCUAUGGAAAAUGAGAAUUUGAAUCACGAAGCGAUCGCCAUGAAAAUUCUCAACGAACUAGAUCUGAUCGAUACGAAAGAUACGUACGUGCAAAAUUGUUCAGGUGGUCAACGCAAGCGUUUGGCUUUGGGUUUGGAACUCACAUCAGUACGGAUGCCUAACUUGAUUUGUAUCGACGAACCGACCAGUGGAUUAGAUUCGAAUUCAGCUCAAGUGGUCAUGUCAUGCUUACGAAAAGUGGCUCAUCACCACAACAUUUGCAUCAUCACUUCAAUCCAUCAGCCUAAUGCCGAAGUAUUGGUCAUGUUUGAUCAGUUGUAUAUACUGGCCAAAGGUGGUGUCUGUGUCUAUUCGGGUUCGCCAUCCGAUAUACGUCAACAUUUAUCAAAAGUAUCUGACCAAAUGGAUCGCGAUGACAUUUUUCCAGUUGAAGAAUUGAUCAAGUAUUCUUGUUCCGGCUAUAAAAAUGAUAAUGUACAAAAUUUAUCAAGAUUAUCAAAUGAAUACAUUCAAUCACAAGGCAUCUUUUUAUCGGAAGAAACUACGCCUGUAUUGGAUGGUAUACCGACCAAUCGUAAUCGUUUUACACUGAAAUCUGUUGGUGUAUUAAUACUUCGUUAUAUACAUUAUAUUCGUGGCUAUCUAUGGCAAAAUAUGUGUAUGAUGUAUGCCCUAUAUAUUUUUUUUGGUUUUUCACUCAGUGUAAUAUUUGAUCAUAAUAUGAUCUAUCGUGAUGGUUGCGUAAGUUUAGAGGAUGAAUUCAAUAGUACCUGUAAUCAAACACAAGAUAAAGAUGAUGAAGAUUUUGAUCUAAAAGCGUCAUUCACUUAUAUUUGUUGGUCAUAUGGUUUGUUUAUAUUUCUCGUUCUGCUUAAUGCUGCCACAAUGUUUUCAAAAGAAAUUAUAUUUUUUUACAAUGAACAUCGAAAUGGAUGGUACAGUACUGGUUCAUUUUAUUUCGUGAAAAUAUUCAUUGAAAUAAUACCAUUAAUUCCUGUUAUAUUUAUCUAUGGUUAUAUUAUCAAUAUUUAUGAACCGAUUAUUCCAGGAGUUUAUUAUUCAAUCAUAUUCUGCCUGGUUCUUGGAUCAUUAGCAUCACAAGCACUUGGUCACCUUAUUGCCAUAAUCACACUUGGAGAUUUUGUUGCAUUAGUCGUAUCCAUACCAGCUAUACAGACAAUAUCAUUAUUGGUCAGCAAUAUGACAACACCAAUAAAACGAUUACAUUAUGCUUUUCAAUUUUUAUCAAAUUUUUCACCAACACGUUUUGGAAUUGAAGCAAUAUCAUUAUUACAAUAUGGAUUCAAUCGUUGUAGACGUAAACAGGUUCAAAAACUUUUAUAUCGUUUACGAAUGGAAAAUGACGAACAUAAACAUCAUCCAUCAUUUUUAAUGAAUACAGUUAUUAUGUUAAUAUUUAUCAUCAUUUUUUACCGAAUUGUUGCCUUAUUAAUAUUAUUAACCAAAACAAAUCGUUAUGAAAAUCGUCGAAAACGUGCACAAAAAAUUGCUAACCAUCAUCGAAGUUUUAAAAAAUUGAAUGUAUUCAUACCUGGUUUACAAUGUCAUAAUGAAUUGAUUAUCAAACAAAUACAAAUUUAAUUCUGAAUUUCAAAAAAAUAUGCAAUACCAGUAAUAGUAUGAAUUGAAAUAAAUUAAGAUGCAAAGAUACUGUCAUAA